AUGGCUUCAUCCCAGCCAAACACGUACAAACUAUUCUGCAUUGUAGAGGGCGAAAGUUCCCCUUUUCCGGUUGAAAUCCAGCCUGAUCAAACAAUUAGUGCCUUGAAGGAUGCGAUCAAAUUGGAGAUGCAGCCUAGGUUCAAUGACAUUGCUGCCAAUGAACUCACGCUGUACAAACUUAACAUUCCCGAAGACUCAAAUGAUUCAGAUGACGAGCAUUUGGAAGAAAAAGUGAAUCAACAACUCACCGCGGAGCCAGCUCCCAAGCCUCUCAACCCAACAUUCGAGUUGCUCGAUAUUUAUCCUAUCGAUGAUCCUCCUGCAAAGCGUCAAGUGCACAUAUUUGUACGAGUUCCGGGUGAGCAGGGUGGCAACUCCCCCCGGCACAAUAAUAUCGCCAAGGAUUUGGAACCAUACAUCAGAUUCAAGCUUGAGUCUGCACAGAGUUGCUCUCAAGCCGACUUGCUGAACAAUAACAUCAAGUUUGUGGAGACCAAAUCUCCACCCAGUUACAUAAUCGACUUUAGAGAUAAACUUCGCCGGAAGCGCCCUGCCGUGGCUGAGCAGUCUAAUCUGUUGAUCUCCGACUAUUUCCAAUUCCCGAGUCCGACCAGUGAUGUUCAAAUGACGGAUUCGACGCAAGGGACUCCUGAUAAAGUGUCUUACUAUGAUUGGAUUUUUUUGCGUGACAUACUGCGGGACCCAUUGUCUUUCGGUCGCAACAAGGAGGCACACAUGUACCAACUGAUCCACCGCCUGCUCGACCUACAAGAUGCGCGUUUCGGUCGCGACUCAAUAGACGUGGAUGGUGCAAGGUCCACUGACCCAAGAAAAUAUAUCCCAAAAAGCAAUGCUUCUCUGUGCAUCAACAGAUUUCCUCACCUUAUCCUCGAAAUCAUAUCCGAUUCAUCUCAAUCGGAUUAUUAUCGUAUGCUCCUACAAGCUGCGUGUCUCGCUAGGCUUGGUAAUAAACUAAGAAAGGAGAAGACGAAUCCGUUCAUCGUUUCGGCGAUAUACGUCGACAGCCAGCUGGUUGCAAAAUGGUGCCUCGUGUACCAGCCUAAUGAGAUGGACAACCCU